CUGACAUCCUACAAAUUAAUUGUAGACUAAGUCUGAUGACUAAUAUAGUACUAUAUAGCUAUUAGCUCAUGUUCUUGUAAUGCUAUUUCUGACAAUCCAACUUACCCAACUUUGAAUCAAAACUCAUCUGACCCAGUUGAUGAGGUAUGCUAUACAUAUAACAGGUACAUAAGGCAGUACUUCUUCUUCAUAAAAAUUAAAAAAUUAAAAAAAAAAUAAAUAAAUAAAAAAACCAAAUGGAUAAUUUAGGAAAACAGGGCUAUUAUGGGAUCUAAUUGACCAUUAUACUAAAAAUCGGCGAGGGAAAUGGUAAAGGCUUGGUCAACGUACCAAUUUCUCUUACACCAACACCCAAAAAUAAAUAAUAAAAAAAAUUGUAUAAUUAGUAUCAAAAUGCCAUGUCACCAUACGCACGCCACGUGUCAGGACCCUGGUCUCAUUGAUAUAGCUUCAACGAAUGAGAUUAUGCCACGUGGACACAGUGAAUAGAGGUGAGACCCAGUGUAGUGGUGAGGCGUGAGGCUCGGGUUGACCCCUUUGCUCCCAAAAGAUUAGUGCCCAUUGCUAAGACCGACGUACGGUACGGCCUGGUUACGGACACACACACAUACAUAUAUAAACACACACACACACAUAUAUAUAUAAAUACAUACAUAGCAUCAUCCAAAUAUGCCCUGUGUUCGCAACUAUAUAGGUAUCUGUAUAUGAACUGUUACUCUUUGUCACCUCCUUUUCCUCUCUCUUCUGUCUUUGUUCGGUUGGUUUGUUUACGUUGAAGAACAAUAAGCACUGGUUUUUGUUAUACUUUCCACAUUAUUUCGAGCUCGAAACAGAGGAGAGGAGAAAACGCUUUGAAUUAAUAUUGUUACUGCUAUACACCUUUUUUUUGCUAUUUUAAGAGAGUUGGUUUUCAACAAUUAACACCCACCAAAGAAAAAAAAACCCAAAAAAAAAACAAAGAAGAAGAAGAAGAAAGAAGCCCAUGUUGCAGGACGUGGUUCAUCAGCCGGAGAUGCUUCCCGUUGCUGACGAUAUUUCCAGCCACUUAAGUGCUCAGAUUUUUGAGUUCUGUGAUCAUGAACUAUUUCCUGAGACCCUUCAGAAUUCUGAUGAGGUUACUUCUUGCUCAAAUUGUUGCUAUGAAGAGAACUCAUCCUAUGCACCAAAUCUAUCACUGCCUCAGGAUAUUGAAAAGUUCACUGGCUAUGCUGAUAACAAUGGCAACACUAGCACAGCCGAGGCUGGCUCGAUCCCCACGGCCACUAGCACUAACACCAACACCAACACCAACACCACUAACAAUAGUAACAAUAUCUCAAUCAUAUUUGAUUCACAAGAAGAAAUGGACAAUGACAUAUCAGCCUCAAUUGACUUCUCUCCAUCCCCUUCCUUUUCUGUCCCUCAAUUAAUCCUUGGAACUCAACAAGACCAAUUUGAUUUCUCUUCAAUACAGCCACAGAUAUCAUUGGCAGAUUCUGUUGUUGAUGGAUUUUCAGUACAGUACCCUGUAGACUCAGUUGGCCCUCUUAUGUCGGCUUCUUUGCCAUCAGUUUUCGAAGAGGAUUGCUUGUCUUCAGUGCCUUCUUAUGUGCCUCUCAACCCUUCUUCUCCUUCCUGCUCUUUCCUUGGCCCUGCCAUGGGAACAUACUUGCCUUCAGGGGCCAUGAAUGCUGCUGCCUUGUCUGUUGACAGUUCUGGGAUUUUCAAUACCAGUAUUCUCAUGGCUUCUGAGCUGCAACCACAAGAGUUGGAUUAUCAAGGAGACACUUCUGGACUUUACUGUACUGAUACUAUGCAGAGGGUUUUCAAUGCUGGUGAACUUCAGGCACUUGGUACUGAGUCUCAAAAAUUGAUGGGUGGAGCUGGGAAUUCUACUUCUUUAACAACUGAUAUUCCAAAUAUGGGAGACCAAACAUUCAAAGUAGGGAAGCUCUCAGUUGAACAAAGGAAAGAAAAGAUCCACAGAUACAUGAAGAAAAGGAAUGAAAGGAACUUCAGCAAGAAAAUCAAGUAUGCCUGUCGAAAGACGCUUGCAGACAGCCGUCCUCGAGUUAGAGGAAGAUUUGCCAAGAAUGAUGAUUUUGGAGAGAUCCCAAGAACUACUUCUGGCAAUCAUGAAGAGGAUGAUGAUGAAGAAGUUGUUGUGAAAGAGGAGGAUGAUAUGGUUGAUUCCUCAGAUAUAUUUGCUCAUAUUAGUGGAGUGAACUCCUUCAAGUGUAACUAUCCCAUUCAAUCCUGGAUUUGAUCUAGUUUUUUUUUGGUCCUUUUUUUUCUUCACUGGUAUUAGAUCUACCAAUUUUGCAGGACCCUUUUCUAACCAAGUGUUCUUGUCUUGGUUAAAUAAAAAAAAAUGAAUAAAUGGGUCAUUAUAUAAUAUAUAAAAAUAUAUAUUUAUGUAUA